CAAGCCGCAAGUCGAGGCCGCGGGUCCGGACGCAGGCUUGGGGCGCCGAGUGUUGUGUUGUGUGUGUUGUGUUGUGUGGCCAGCGCUGUGUUGUGCGCUGAGACAGACAUCCAGCAGACACCGGGGCACCAGACUGACAGCCAGCCUGAGACAAACCAGCUUGGGCGGUACAGGCACUGCCCCCCCCGCCACGGCCACCACCCGCCUGAGGACCGGACACACCCGCCUGAGGACCGGACACACCCGCCUGAGGACCGGACACACCCGCCUCAACGCCCACCUACACAGACUGAGCAUCGUCCAGGCCCCAUGGUGCCCCACACACCGAACACUUCCUGCUGCACUGCUCAAGACUCCACUCCCUCCGCACCAAUAUCUUAGCAAUAACGACAGUCACAAGUGGUCUGUAAAGGCCGUGGUCCCAUAGCCUAACCAGCCCCCUAAAACACUGAAGAAGCUGUCAGUUUGCCUGAAGCUGCCAGAGCCUUUUGGAAUACACUCCAUAGCCAGACUUUGAGAUGAGUCAACACAACUUUCGGAAGAAGGUUGCAGAAACAUGUCGGUUUUGGAGGGAAGGCAAAUGCCAGAAGAGGGAGUACCAAUGCAAUUUUGUCCAUGGGUUCAUCUGUCCCAACGAUGGGAGGUGUUGGAAAGAGCAUUGCAACAAGGUUCACUUACAGAAGAAGAUCAUGCCACCGAGGGACUAUUUUCCCAAGGCACACAUGAAUUACCAGAGGCCCGGACCUCGGCAGAGAUUCCGAAGGAGUCACAGCCGAAGCCUGAGUCCACAGAGGCAUCGGAAAGUGCCUCAGCGUGGGCGUUCCCCUCUUCGUCGGAGGAGCAGAAGCCGCAGCCCCACAUACCACACCAGAGUGUACAGUCCCUACCAACGUCGCAGCAGGAGCCCGAGUCCCUAUCGAGGUGGGAGAAGAAGCCGCAGCAGAACCCCAAGUCCCAUACGGGGUGUGAGAAGAAGCCGCAGCAGAAGUCUGAGUCCUAUGCGAGGUGCGAGAAGAAGCCGCAGCAGGAGCUGGAGUCCCUCACGAGGUGUGCGGAAAAGCCGCAGCAGGAGCCUGAGUCCUUUGCGAAGUAUACGAAGAAGCCGCAGCAGAAGCCAGAGUCCCUUACGAGGUCCGAGAAGAGGCGCUAGCCCCCUGCGUCGCCGCACUCGGAGCAGGAGCAGAAGUGGAUCUUGGCGGCGCAGCAGAAGUCGUAGUGCUUCUCGGCCAAGGAGCAGAAACCGCAGCCAAGGCAAAAUAAUCUCCAGAAGUCCAAGUCCCAUCCGAUCCAGAAGCAAAAGUCGAGGUAUAGGCAAGCUAUACAGUAGGAGUCCUUCACCAAAGCCAAAAAGGAGGAGUCGCAGUAGCACCAGUAACAGCAGCAGUGGGAGCAGCCAAAGUAACAAAAGAAGCCCAAGCAGAACAUUUUCCCAUAGUCACACUGAAAACAGUACUCCAUCCUCACUGAAAGACAAGAAUCUUAAACCUGUUCAAACCAAAAGCAAUAAUCCAGUUCCCGAAAUAACAGAUGGUGGUGGAAGUACCCCUCAAAGAAAUAGCAGUAAUGCAGGUCGAAGGAUGCAGUUAGAUCUGGAAAAUUUAUAUGAUAAUUUAGAAUGCGAGACAAGCCAAAAAUCUGCAGCAUCAGAGACACUGGACAAAGAGGCUGCAGAAAAAGAAGCCAUAUCUAAAUUACAGGCGCAAUUUGCAAAAGAUUUUAUGAACCCUGAAACUCAAAAGUUAAUGGAAAAAGUUUUGUCAUUAACCAAAGAAAACACUAUUAAUUCCCUUCAGCCAGAGGAAAGCAAAUCCAAAAAGGAGUUCUUCUUGGAUGAAGUUGGAGAUGACAUAGAACUUGACCUGGAAGAAGUUGGAGAGGAAGUAGAUGACAUAUUUACCAAGUCACUGAAUCGUUCAGUGGAUGAAUCCAAUGAAGAUUCUUUUGAUAAGGGCAGCAAUAGAAAUAUUGGACUUCAAAUUGGCAGUAAUCCAUCCCCACCAAAAUCCAGACCAGUUUCAAAACCAGAAAAGUCUUCUGAUUUUGAUGAGACAGAUUUUCAUUCUGACUGGGACCUAAAGACUGCCCUGGAAACAGCCUCAAAGAGUCUGAAAAAGCCACGCCCAAUGCCGCCGCCAAACCAGCAAGCUGAGGGGAGCAAGACUGGCAGCACCUCUCUGUGGACUCCAGCCCUGAUUCGCAAUCAACCACCAGGCUCCAAAACCAGAGUUGGGUAUCUACCGCAGGACAGUGACUGGGAGGUGGACACACCUUAUGUUGGAAGAAAGGGCAAAGGUGAAAUGCAGAGGCCAGCUGCACAAUCAAAGACAGUUAAAAAUGAACAACAGGCUUGUGAUGUAUCUCCAGCAGCACCUUUUGUUGUUCCUGAGGCAGAACCUCUUAACACACACAGAGGUUCUUAUAAACCAGUCGAGAUGACACAGGAAAAGAAAGAGAAGUUUGCUCAUCAAAAGGAUGCACUUUUUCCAAGUGCUCAGUCUGCUGUCUCAAAUAUUCCAACACAAGUUUCAAAUGUCUUCAAUCAACCUGGAGUCACAUCGACGGGUAUGAUGCCACCUGGUGCUGCUGACUUUAUGAGAGAUGGAACCAAAGAAAGGGAAUCAUACUAUUCCCCUAAAGAACAUGCAACAGCUCCUCCAAAAGUUGCAGAGGACCAAACUCCAAGUAAGUCAUCAGAAAGUCCUAAAAGAUAUCGCAAACGUCACAAAGAGAAGAAACCAAAGCGGAAAAAAGACUCCUCCGAUGAUGAUAGUGAUUCAAGUGAGUCUGAUGAUAGCAAUGAGGAUAAAAAAUUACCUCAGGAAAAAGAAAAAGAUACGGAUGAGCUUGAAGUGCUUCUGUUUAAGAAAGAAAGCCUUAUGAAGCGAGUGAAGCUGCUGAUGGAGCAGAAAGCCAUGAUGAGCAGCCAAAGGGAAGACAUCAUAAAAAAUCACAAGGGAAGCAAAACAAAUCUUGCAAGUAUAUUAAAAGAAAACUCUUUUCUUAUAAAAGAAAUUGGAAAGCAAAUUGGUAAUAUUGGUAAUAUUGUAAAAUCUAUUAACCAUGACAUAGAAGUUAAAAGAGGUAACUUAAAGCAGACAUCAUCAGCACCAAAAGGUAGAUCAGAGAGUCCUCAUGUGUCAAGAGAAACACACAAAGCAAGGUACUCUGCUGAAAAGGAAAAACUUGGAAAAAAACUGCUGAAGCCCAUUGAAAGACAAGAAACUUGGAGUAGGGACAGCGACUCUAGGUCACCUAAAGGGGGGCUCAGGCGCAAAAGGUCAGAAUCCCCAAGUCCAAGCAUGUCCAGAGAAGGACCAAAACCUGCACCUCCGGAGAGGAAGCAAAGUGCCUCUCCUCCAAGGAAGCGUCCGGUCAAGAGUACUCUUGAAGGCAGUAAGAAGCCAGCUGGUCACCAACCAUCCCAAUAUGCAGCUUCUAAGAAUACUGAGCAAGUACACUAUGCACCCCAUGAGGCACAGAGGACGUACAUUCGGUACAUGGACCAGGGCAUGCACUGGUGUAAACUUUGUAGUUUGUUCUGUGAAACGGCUCUAGAGUAUGUGGACCAUCUGAUGACAGAGUCACAUUUGGGAAGAGUUAAGAAUGAUCGGAAAUCAUGGUUAUGCAGGGCCUCAAAGGAAGAGAAGGAGCCUAAGCCGUUUAAUGCUCAGGUGGUCACUGUUCCCAUACAAGGUAUGGAAUUUCUUCACUCUCUUACAUCGUUCUACUGCUCCCUCUGUGACACCUUCAUGAGGGACAAAGGUGAAGCCUUGAGACAUCCUGAGUCCAAGAUGCACGUCUCAAAAUAUAAGAUUCAUCGAGCGCAGAAUCCACUGUUUGAGUCUACUUUCCUGAAGGCGAAAACAACAGCGUAUGCAAAGUACAAAGUAGAUGAGGAACGGAAGAAGAUGGAGAAUGAAUUAAAUUUAAAUGAAAAGACUGUGUCAUUAGAAAACAAACUGCUUAAACAAAUCAAAGAAAAAUAUGAAAAGGAGAGUAAAGAAGAAAGACAGUCGGACAGUCAAGACGACUCAGGCAGAAACUGUGGAAGUAUCAGAGUUGCCUCUCGUGGACCAAGACACUCCAGUGACAAGAAGCCAUCCAAGGGCAGCGAUGACUCCAGGAGGAAAAGUGACAGUUUGCGGCACUCAAAUGAUGAACCACAAACAUCACAGAAAUAUGAGCCUAAGGAAAGUGAGGGGGGCAGCAAUGUGGAUAAUGUUGGUGGUCAUGAAAAAACUAGCAUUGAAGAUCAAAGGGAAUCAAAGUAUAAAGAGGGAUCAAAAGAUGUAGAUGCAGAUCGAAAACCUGUCAGUUCAAAGCUCCCAUUAAUUGGAAAAAUGCCGUUCUUGAAAAGGAAGUCUGGUAUGACAAAAAAUAAAGAGCAGCAAAGUACCCCAGUUGAAGAACAACCAAAACUGAAAAAAGAAUCGUCAGAAGAAUUUAACUUAUCAGAGAUCAUACCAUUACCAAAACCUGAGGCAAGAGAUUCUGAUGUAAGAAAAUCAUCACAAAAGGUUGAGGAAAUCAAGAAGCCACUGACUGUCAAACCAGUAGCUAAGGAGAAGCCACUGACUGUCAAACCCGUAGCUAAGGAGAAGCCACUGACUGUCAAACCCGUAGCUCCACCAGUGGAAUGCCCAGUGACCUCUGUGGUUUCUGAAGAUAAAACAAUGAUGAAAAAUAUUCCUGAUGCACCUCUCCUCCUCGACACUGAAAAAACAAGUGAGACUGAGGAAAAGGACACACACGGCUCUGACCUGUACGACCCUCUGGAGGCAGGGGACGAGGACUCUUCAGAUGGCGCAGCAGCAGCCACUAUUGAGGCAUUGGAUCUCUUGAACAUCCCUCUGCCAGGCUUCAAAACAUCACUUGACUCUCAAAAGACAUCCUCAACACCUCCACUUUCAGAAACAGAGGAUAAGUACCAACCAGAAGACAUGGAGAUAGAGAGCACACCAUUAAUACUGGAGGAAGAAGGAAUGGAAGAGGGGAAAAUUUGCCCCCUGGAAACAGUUCACCCACCUGCAGGGAUGAUUGUGCAUCCAGGUAUUUCACUUAUGGCUCCUCCUCCAGUGAACCUAAGUAAUCCUCCUCUUCACAUGAACCUGAGCAAUCCUCCUCCUAUAAACCUGAAUAAUCCUCCUCCCCCAAUCAACUUAAAUAAUCCUCCUCCUCCAAUAAACUUAAGUACUCCUCCUCCUCCAAUUAACUUGAAUCCUCCUCCUCCCAUGAACCUGAAUAAUCCUCCUCCUCCAAUAAACUUAAGUAAUCCUCUUCCAAUAAACCUGAACACUCCCCCUCCCCCUAUAAGCUUAAGUAAUACUCUUCCUCUAAUGAGCUUAAAUAAUCUUCCUCCUCCAAGGAGCUCAAGUGAUCCUCCUCCUCCUGGCACAGAAGAACCUGCCUUUAGCUCAAGGGAUGAAGGUAAUAACAUUGUUCCGACAGGGAAUGUGUUGCCUGCUUUUGGAUCACAGGAGUUCAUUGCAAAAAGCACGCCACCUCCCAUUGACAUUCAGAGGCAGAAUGACUCACAAAUACCUCUGCCCCCUGGAACUGAGGAUGAACACACCACUAGGGAAAUACCUACCCUUUCAUAUUCAUCCGGCAAACUUGAAGACAAAGUAGAUGAAGUAGAUACUCAGAGACAGCCUUUACAGCUGUUUAGUCCAAAGGGUAAUAGUAUGGAUGUUCCCCUUUCAUUAUCUGAUAAUGUCAUAAAAGGAAGCUUAAAAUCUACAAAAGAACCCUCAAAAACUCCACGAAGAAACAAAAACUUGCCACAUGAUAGGGAGAAGGAGUCAACUCCUCCUCCACCUGGCACAGAAGGUUUCUCGAGUGAAGCAGACUCUCAUGACAGCAAUGAAUCAAACAAGCUUUCUACAAGUGAUUUGGAAAGUUUAAAAUCACUGUCGGUGUCCUCAGAUCUAGAGAUACAUGCCAACAAAGAAAAAUUAAAACUUUCUCAAGAAAGCAAGUCCAGCCCUAAUGUUUCAAAGGCUGAAAGCUCUUCAUCAAACUUACAGAGUAAUCCGGACCAGUUUUCUGAUUCAGAAAGUGGGGUUUCAGAAAAUGUACAACAGGAUGAGAAAGAUUCUUCUGGUAAAUGUCUUACAUCAGAUACAAGACAUGAAGAAUUAGGUUCCUACCCUGCCAAGGAUGUCAGGUCUCACUCACUCUCUCCUAAGGCAUCUGAUAAAGGAAACGUGGCCACAUCACAUGGUGGUAUGGAGAAAAAUUCUUGCACACCCUCCAAGGAGCCUGAUAAAGAAAGCAUAACCACAGCACACAGCAGUACUGAGGAAAGAUCACGCACACCUCCUAGGGAGCCUGACCUAGUGAAAGGUGAGGCUGCAUUAGAUUAUAAAAAUGAGAAAAGUUGUUCCACACUCCCACCCACAGAACUUGACCCAGAAUAUGUAUUUUCUUCAAACAGAAUUCAAGAAGGGCCUUUAACUCUCCCAACUAAGGAAAUUGACACAGAAAAAAUAGCAACUCCAUGUGAAAGUCAGGAAUGGUCUCAUAAACCUCAAGAUCAGCACUCCACUGUAAAAAGCAAAGAAGUAGCAUCACCAGCAAUUAUGUCCGAGUCCUACACACUUCCUCUGAAGCAGUCUGACACAGAAAACAUUGCUCCACCAUGUGGAAGUGAGGAACAGCUCCACACACCCAUAACUAAACAGCCUGACAUAGGAAACAUUGCUCCACCAUGUGGAAGUGAGGAACAGCUCCACACACCCCUAACUAAACAGCCUGAUAUAGGAAACAUUGCUCCACCAUGUGGAAGUGAGGAACAGCUCCACACACCCCAAACUGAACAGCUUGAUACAGGAAACAUUGCUCCACCAUGUGACAGUGUGGAACAGCUCCACACACCCCUAACUAAACAGCCUGACACAGGAAACAUUGCUCCACCAUGUGACAGUGAGGAACAGCUCCACACACCCCUAACUAAACAGCCUGACACAGGAAACAUUGCUCCACCAUGUGGAAGUGAGGGACAGCUCCACACACCCAUAACUGAACAGCCUGACACUGAAGACAUUGCUCCACCUUGUGAAAGUGAGGAACAGCUCCACACACUCCUAACUGAACAGCCUGACACAGGAAACAUUGCUCCACCAUGUGACAAUGUGGAACAGCUCCACACACCCCUAACUGAACAGCCUGACACAGGAAACAUUGCUCCACCAUGUGACAGUGUGGAACAGCUCCACACACCCCUAACUGAACAGCCUGACACAGGAAACAUUGCUCCACCAUGUGACAGUGUGGAACAGCUCCACACACCCAUAACUGAACAGCCUGACACAGGAAACAUUGCUCCACCAUGUGACAGUGUGGAACAGCUCCACACACCCCUAACUAAACAGCCUGACACAGGAAACAUUGCUCCACCAUGUGGAAGUGAGGGACAGCUCCACACACCCAUAACUGAACAGCCUGACACUGAAGACAUUGCUCCACCUUGUGAAAGUGAGGAACAGCUCCACACACUCCUAACUGAACAGCCUGACAUAGGAGACAUUUCUCCACCAAGUGAUAGUGAGGGACAGCUCCACACACCCCAAACUGAACAGCCUGACACAGGAGACAUUGCUCCAACAUGUGAAAGUGAGGAACGACCUCACACAGCCCAAACUGAGGAACCAGAUGUAGGGGAUAAAACCAUAUCGGCUGCCACUAAUGAGGAAAGGCCUUUCACACAUCCUCCAGAAAUCUUGACUGCACUACAUGGAAGUGACAAUAAAAGGUCUUGUACAUCUCCUGACCUGCAACCUAGCACAAGAAACAUUACUGCAUCACAUGAUAAUGAAAGAAAUAUUUGUACAUCCCCCUCUCUGCAGCUUAACACAAGAAUCUCUACCAUGGCACCUGGUAGUGAUGAGGAAAGGUCUUGUGCAACUCCCCUUACUCAACUGGAUGCAGGAAGCCAAGUCACAUCACAGAAUGUUUUGCUACCACAACUAGACAGAGAUCUUUCAUAUCCUGAAGGAAAUUCUGCUGUUGAAUUUUCAACAUGGACAAGACUAAUGGAAAAAAAUGAAUUGACUGAGUCAAAAAUGACACCUUCAGAUAAUGAAAAUUUCAAUAAAAACCCUUCAAGUCAAAGCUCCACAGUAGAUACAGACGACAAUAAAAAUAAACAAGAUACCAGCAGUGAGGAUGAGGGAGAGAGUAUUGAGGAUAGGUCUCAUACACUAUCCUCCAAGCAGCAUGACACUGGAAACAUACCAUCCAGUAGCAAAUUGUCAGUCAACCAGGAGUCUGCUGAAAGUUUGGUUUCCGAGGAAUGGAGACUUAAUGUGCAGGAUAGUAACAGUUUGAGCAUCUUAAAAGACAGUACUCAAGACAGUACUGAAUGCUGUGAUAUUAUGAUUGAAAGAAAUCUGACUCAAAAGAGUGAUGAAAUUGAUAAACCUGAAAGUCCAGUUAUGAAGCCUAAAAGCCCUGUGCAGAUGAUAAAUUUCCACAAAAGUUUUGAGAGCAUGGAUAUUGCUGAGUUAUACUUGCCCUCUAGAAGUGACUCUGUCUGUACACAAAGUAUCAAUCCCAGUAAAUUUGUCAGUCCUCAUACAGGGGACAAAGGUACCUCUGAUACAGUUAAAAAUGUAAGUGAUAUGUAUGAAGAGAAUUCAGAAACCAUAGAAGGAAAGAUUGAUGAUGAGCAAGGAAUAAACAAUGAAAUGGAUAAGAAAAAUCAGGAUUCUGGAGUAAGAAUAGAGGAGACAAAAUCUGUUCGAGAUACUUCAUGUGGUCAGAGCAAAGAACCACUUAGAGAAGAGUUAGAGACUAGCACAGUGGAAUGUUCUGACUCUAGUAAAGACUCUCAUUCUCAGAAAAGUACAGAUUCUGAAACAGAAACUUUCCCACAUGAUAUUUCUGAUGAAGAUGGAGGUACCAGAAGCAUGCAAAAAGUACAAAAAGAAGGGUACACCAGUGAUGAGGCUUCAAAGGAAACUGAAGACAUUACUGUUGAAGAAUCAGCAGCUUCAACUGACAAAACUCAUUCAAGUGAAGAUGAGGUUGUAACCACUGCUAGUAAGAAAGGAAGAAAAAGGAAGCAACAGAACACUAGGAAAACCCCUCGAAAAAGAGUAGCACAAUUUGAAUGGGCUGAGGAAGAUGAAUGCAUACCCUCAAGAACAAAUACUAGCAGGAGCAGUGCCAGCCGCCAAACUCAGAGUGUUGUAGAGUCCCCACGACCAAUGCGCAGCAGCAGGAGGGCGGCAGCUGCAGCCAUCAAAGCAAUGGCCAAAAACCAGGAUGACACCCCUCCCGAUUCCCCUCCAUCUGAUAACGAUACGGACUAUUCUGACUGAGUGUUAUAGUGUGCAGAAGUCUCUGAAAACAGUGAAAAAUAAAUAGGGAUUGAUAUUUUAACAUUCUAGAUCACCUUUGCACUAUUUUAUCCUCAAGCUGUUUAAUUCUAUGAUGUCAUCUGGCGGCUUGUCAAGUGUGCAAGAAAUGUAUCAAGGCAUAUAUUUUUGUUCUUAUUUUGUAUCUUAUCACAAAUAUAGAAACUUAUGAAGAAUUUUAAUGACAAGUUUUCUACAGAAGUUAGUCAUUGAAUAAUUUUCAAUAUGAAAUAUUUUAAAGCAAAUACUAUUAUUAAUUUUACAUACAGUAUCAUAAAUUUGUCUCUUAGAAGGAAAGUUGUGCUACAGAGUAAAUGCAAAUUUUACCUUCAAUGUUAACAGACAAUAAGAUGUUUAUGAUUUUCUUACAAACAAAGCACCAGAACAAUGUCCAGUUUUCCAUGGCUCGGACAUGAAGGUCUCACUCAUAGGGGGCCAGCACACCUGAUUUGUAUGGGGCCCAGGUCCAUUUUCUGCUUCACAUGGAAGCUCCUGCAUCAGUUUAGCUGAAGAGUAAGGGUUGAAUGAUGCAAGUACCUGUAAUUACCAUACCUUUGAUGUUAAGAUAAAUUUAAUGAAGUAGACCACAGUGUACCAUACUUUAGAUAAGUAAUAAGCAUGUAUAUCAUGUUUUGUAAUGCUUGAAAUGUCAUAAAUCACUUCAACAUGAAAAA